UUUCACAUCGAAUUCAGCAGCCGUUCCUGCCGUAUCGUACUCAUAGAUCCAUGGGGCACGAAGCAAACAGCAGGGAAAUCGACUGGCGGAAAAGCGCCUCGGAAGCAGCUGGCGACGAAAGCGGCGAGGAAAUCUGCUUCGGCCACCGGCGGAGUCAAAAAGCCCCACAGGUUCCGUCCGGGGACCGUAGCGCUUCGCGAGAUCCGGAAGUAUCAGAAGAGCACUGAAUUACUGAUUAGAAAGCUACCGUUUCAGCGGCUUGUAAGAGAGAUCGCUCAGGAUUUCAAAACUGAUCUACGGUUCCAGAGCUCCGCCGUGGCGGCGCUUCAGGAAGCGGCGGAGGCGUAUCUCGUCAGUCUCUUUGAGGACACAAAUUUGUGCGCCAUUCAUGCCAAGCGAGUUACAAUUAUGCCAAAGGAUAUUCAAUUGGCUAGGAGGAUUAGAGGUAUGUCGCGGCAGCUGAAUAUUGCUUCCAAAAUGAAAAAUUCAAGUCACUGCCAGAAGGGAGGAUUAUCAUGGUGCAUAGUGGUGCGCAUGUGGAGAACCUCGGCCUGUGCAACGGCGAGCUGCCCCUGCAGAGCCUCGACCUGCUGCUGCAAGGAUGAAAUGGCUCCCACGCAGCCGUACACCGGGUCUCUUACUCUAGCAUUGGCUUCGUACACCAUUGAGCUAACGGCGUCUCCUCUUUGAUGCUCCGGCAACUCCUGAAUCCAUUGCCCUGUGGUUAUCAAUCAAGUAUGGUGCAAUGAACGCGAGAUCUGUGAUAAAAAAGAUGCCAUCACUUACCUGAAGCAUCUUAUUGACAUUGCUGGCGCCGAAAACUUUGUGCACGCUGGCGAACUUGUGAGGCUCCUCCGGUGGGAAAUAUGGAGCAAACAUGCAGGUUUGUGCGCAUCUUCGGCGCAGAAGCUUACACCCGGCGCAGGGAGCGGCCGCCCCUGCCGCCGCCCCUCCUUGCUUCCUACCCUUGCUGUCCUUCAUCAUUUGCUGAUCUAUACUCAAAUUUUGAUACUAAUUAAGCCUAUAUAUAUAUAUAUAUAUGUAUAUAUGAUCUUCUUCAACUUGGGAGGGGUUUCAUUUAUCUACUGAUUUUUGUUCUCAUGUGAUCUUAUUCUGUGU